UUUACAAAUGUUUAGGAGUUUAGGUCAACAAUGGCUGAAGUUGGACCCACCUCUCUUCCACAUGAGUGCUUUAGUCACUGGAGGUCUUCGGCAGAUAUAUGGCGACAUACAGUCACGGAAAAGGCAAUUCCGUCACGCAAGUGGAGCUUACACAAACAAGCUUGAAGCAUUUCUGCCACAAGUGAACAUGCCUCUAAUGGCGCUGCGAUACUCUUUCAUAGAGGUGAUCGCAAAUGGCAGGUCAAGUGUGCUGAUCACAGCUGCGGACACGUUCCGUGGAGGGUCUCGCGUCGCCGUGAAGGUGCUGCACGGUCCCCACUACGCGCUGGGAGCGCAGGAGGUGCACUGCCUGCAAGCCCUGAACGCGGCCGAUCCCUGGCAGGCAUCGGCCACCGUGCGACUACUGAACACGUUUAUCUUUGACGAUCACUUCUGCAUAGUGUUUGAACUUUUGAGGCCAGAGCCCAUCAGCUUCUUUUUGAAGGAUGCAGAUGACACAGAGGUAAUCAGACGUCUCCGGAAGGUCGCUGUGAAACUGCUUUCUACGCUGGGAUUUCUGCAGCAGCAAAACGUGGCCCACGCAGACUUGAAACCUGAUAAUAUUUUGCUGACGACAGAAAAUGAUUUCACGUCAGUGAAGGUCAUUGAUUUCGGCAAUGCCCUUUACUGCAUUCACAAGGAGGUAUCGCUCUACUACAACGAUUUUGACCUACAGACACCUUUGUACAGAGCUCCAGAGGUUAUGUUUGGGGUUCCGUUUGGCUCGGAAAUCGACAUGUAUUCUUUGGGAUGCGUCCUUGCUGAGCUCUACCUGGGAAAACCACUAUUUUUUGGCAAGAAUAAGGAGGCAAUACUGUCAGAGACAGUUGAGCUGCUUGGUGCUUUUCCGAUGACUGUAUUCCAGCGAGGCAAGUACUUCAGUCUACUACAGUCCUUCACGUUGGACACUGUUAUGCCACAGAUUAUCAGAUGUAAGCGACUAAUGACAAGACUAAAGAAUACACGCAAUUUUGCGUUUGCCACCUUCAUUGAAGGCAUGUUAGCAUACGAUCCACGAGAAAGAUUGACACCAUGUGGUGCUGCUUGUCAUCCCUUCCUGGCAUCUGAAGUAGCCAUUGGUUACUUGAUGCCUUCCGCAGCUAAUAAGACACAAGAUGGAGGCACUUACACAGGGUUUGCUCUAAAUCGAGACAACUAUGCGACGAAGCCUCACAUAGACAAGGAGGUCGAACGUCUCAAUCUAAACUCACUUGAAUUGCUACACAGAGGGACCGUAGAGAAUCUAACGGCGUCACCUUCCACGACGACACCCUGCGGAACGACCGACAGCAAGACGCUCGCCUCGUCUCCGCCUCUCCUCGGCGACCUCCGUGCGAGCGCCGCCCAGCCGAUGACGUCCAAGCAAGCCGCCACAUCCUUUCGUCCCUCAGGUUGGUCAUUGAGCGUAGGCAAAGACGAAGCGGUAGAUGAUCGUCGAGCGGCAGUCAGUGCAGACGCUCCUCUGAUCGGAGAGCGGAGGAUUGCUGGGUACAGCGGUCAUCGCGUCGCUGUCGAAGACGUCGUCUGUGUGAAGCCCUGCAGCCAGGCUUCAGCCUCUCCAGCUUCUGGCCGCAGUGCGCACGACCCGCUAGAGGACGCGGGUGGCUUGUUCGUACUGGACACACCGAGCAGCAGUGGCAGCAGUCCCACUACAGUUGUUAACAGUGGCGGUGGCGGCAGUCUCAGCAGCAGCAACAGCAGCAGUCCCAAGGCAGGUGUUAACAGUCGCGGCGGCGGCAGUCGCAAGAGCAACAACAGCAGCAGUCCCAAGGCAGGUGUUAACAGUCGCGGCAGCGGCAGUCGCAGCAGCAGCAAGAGCAGCAGUCCCAAGGCAGGUGUUAACAGUCGCGGCAGCGGCAGUCGCAGCAGCAGUCCCAAGGCAGGUGUUAACAGUCGCGGCGGCGGCAGUCGCAGCAGCAGUCCCAAGGCAGGUGUUAUAAGUCGCGGCAGCGGCAGUCGCAGCAGCAGCAAGAGCAGCAGUCUCAAGGCAGGUGUUAACAGUCGCGGCAGCAGCAGUUGCAAGAGCAACAACAGCAGCAGUCUUAAGACAGGUGUGAACAGUGGGCGCGGACGGGGCGCGGCGCAGAGGAUGCCGCAGGGCAGGAUGAAUGCUGCAAGUGUGUCCGUUUCUACGUCGAGAAAGCUGUUUGACCCCGCCAUGUGUCUGCAGGCCUGGGAGCCGCUGCCCGCGACCCCCGUCGAAGGGGAGCCACGGCUCACGACCUCCGACAAAAUGCGAGCUCGGCCUACGAGCUCUGGGAAAGCACGGCCGCCUGGCACGACCUCUGAUAAAGCGCGGGCAUGGCCCACGACCCCUGAUAAAGUACCGAUCCGGCCCAUGACUUCUGAUAAAGUACUGACACGACUCACGACCUCUGAUAAAGUACUGACACGACCCACGACUUCUAAUCAAGUACGGACACGACCCAUGAUCGUUGAUAAAGUACAGACACGACCCACAACUUCUGAUAAAGGACGGACACGACCCACGACUUCUGAUAUAGUACUGACCCGGCCCACGACCUCUGAUAAAGUACGGACACAGCUCAUGACUUCUGAUAAAGUACGGACACAACCCACGACUUCUGAGAAAGUACUGACACGACCCACGAUAAUAAGGCUUUAA